AUGGUGAAGAGGGGACGGGUGGAGAUGGUGAAGAGGGGACGGGUGGAUGGUGAAGAGGGGACGGGUGGAGAUGGGGAGGAGGGGACGGGUGGAGAUGGGGAGGAGGGGACGGGUGGAGAUGGUGAAGAGGGGACGGGUGGAGAUGGGGAGGAGGGGACGGGUGGAGAUGAUGAGGAGGGGACAGGUGGAGAUGGGGAGGAGGGGACGGGUGGGGAUGGGGAGGAGGGGACGGGUGGAGAUGGGGAGGAGGGGACGGGUGGAGAUGGGGAGGAGGGGACGGGUGGAGAUGGUGAGGAGGGGACGGGAGGGGAUGGGGAGGAGGGGACAGGUGGAGAUGGGGAGGAGGGGACGGGUGGGGAUUGUGAGGAGGGGACGGGUGGAGAUGGGGAGGAGGGGACGGGUGGAGAUGGUGAGGAGGGGACGGGAGGGGAUGGGGAGGAGGGGACGGGUGGGGAUGGGGAGGAGGGGACGGGACGAGUGGAGAUGGGGAGGAGGGGAGUGGUGGAGAUGAUGAGGAGGGGACGGGUGUAG